AGGGUGGAUCUCGUGAUGCUGGGUCUGGGGAGGGUGAAAAGCCCGGGAUGCGGCAAGGGUCACCGAAGUUUCUCUUCCAGGCAUGCAGAUUGUUCCUGCGAGAGGAAGGGGUUCAUCAUGGCGGAUGAUCUAAAGCGAUCCCUGUACAAAAAGUUGCCAAGCGUUGAAGGGAUCCAUGCAAUCGUUGUAUCAGAUAGAGACGGGGUGCCUGUUAUUAAAGUGGCCAAUGACAGUGCUCCAGAGCACGCCCUGAGGCCUGGCUUCUUAUCCACCUUUGCCCUCACAACAGACCAAGGCAGCAAACUCGGACUUUCAAAAAACAAAAGUAUCAUCUGUUACUGUAAUACCUACCAGGUGGUUCAAUUCAAUCGUUUGCCUCUGGUCGUUAGUUUCAUAGCCAGCAGUAACACCAACACAGGACUAAUUGUCAGCCUAGAAAAGGACCUGGCUCCGUUAUUCGAAGAGCUGAUAAAAGUUGUGGAAGUGUCUUAAUCUAACGGUGGUUUUGAUACGUGCUAUGUCUUCAUUGCAACAACACUGUAGCAGUCAGCAAUCUGUAGACUACAGUAAUACUUUAUGUAUUCAGAGGCCGCUUUUCCACCUUACACUAAAGAAGAGCCUAUAGCUAUAAUUUA